AUGCAUUAUCCGCCACUGCCCUUUGUCGCGGCGUCUGCUGUGGUUGUCCCUCCGGCUGCAUGGGCCCCUGUUGAAGCGGCUGCGGAGGUGUCGCCGCUUCUCGCUCCAUCGCCUGCGUCUCCUGACGCCCAGGCCUCUCCGCCUGCGGCGUCCGCUCUUGUGCCUGCCGCAACAUCCGGUCCCGCACCUGCUGCGGCGUCCGUUCCUGCGCGUGCUGCAGCAUCUGCUCCUGCGACUGCUCCUGCGCCCGCUGUGGCGUCUGCCUCUGCGCAUCCCUCUAUGCCUGCCCCGGCGCCUCCCCUGUCCCAUGCACAGGCGCCUGUGCCCGUUCCUGCUGAUGUGGCCCCGUCUGGGCGGCGGGUGCGCCUUCGUGCCGCCGCAGGCUGUGCACGGCGCGGUGUCUUCUACGGCUGCAGUUGA